AUUAGAAGGUUCUAUCUGUAUUUGACCCAUUCCAAAAAUCCCCAUUUACAAAUUUCAGAGGAUUUUGAUAUUGUAUGUUUAGAAUACAUUUAGGGUCCCUGUUAUUUUCAUGUUUGAAUGAAACUUGUUCCCCAUAUAAAUUUUCCUAUAUGUAAUGCAAAAACUUUGAAGCUCAAUAUCUCAAAACUGCUCAGAACGCAGAAAACCUUAUAAUUCCAAGGGGACGAUUUUGCAUGUCAAAUAAUGUUGAAAUUAAAUCUCACUGUGUAAUAAGUAACCUUUAUCUUUAAUCUGGAACACUGGGAUUUUUCGCUUCAAUUAACAUGAUUUCUAGGAAUACUGUAUGAACUUGAACUUUCCAUCAAAUGUUUGAAAAAGUAGAUUGCCAAUACAGAAGUUACAGUACAGUACAGAAAUACAGUUUUACCUUUGAAGUUACAGAAAAAAAAAUCAUAAAUGGUUUCCCUCAAUUCUAAUCUACAUUAAUAAAAUAUGUACAUGCUUCAAAAUUUAAUGGAGUUUCAAAGCAUUUCAAGCUUGAUUGCAGAUGAAAGAAACGGCAAGCAUCAUUAUAUGAUCUGUAUUGAUGUUCACAUGAUGUUCAGAAAAGUGGCCCAAAAAUAAAAAAAAUAGUUUCAUAAUUGACUUCCAUCUUAUGUCUUCCUCUUGAGAUCUUUCAUUAAAUGGAAUCCUGUCCAUUAGAUGGAGCCAGUGCUCCUGAUUGAUUACAAUUGAUCAGUUUAAAAGAAAAAGAGGAACAGCUGUGAGUUCCUGUGAGAUCAGAAAAGUUUCCUGACAGAGCUGUAAUUUGUGUCACAUUUUACACCAAACAACUAGUGUCAUGAUUGACCAUCUGCUACCAUCAUUGAAUUGGUCAUCUUGAUUGAACUGUGACAAUAUGGCUGCCACCUCACCCAUUUCUGUCAGAGAUUCUGUCUGCUAUCUUUGCACGUCUUUAAAAGACUCUGUUGUUCUAAGAUGUUCCCACAGUUUGUGCAGAAGCUGUCUACAAAGCUACUGGGAGCUCAACAAGUCCCUGGAGUGUCCUGUUUGUUUGAGGGAAACACACUGUUCUGUUCUUCUACAUCAUUUAAGUAUUUCUCACUUUUCCUCAGAGGAUGAAACCUCUCAAGACAGCAACUUCAAACCACUCCAUGUGGGGAAUGUUGAAAGUGAAAUGCAGUCAGUGAAGAAGGAGCUAUCAGAUAUAAUGAGCACAAUGGCCAGCAUCAAGACAGAAGACGACAUUAGUACCAUGGUCCAGGUGUUGAUGGAGGUCAAACAUGAACCGACUGAAAAAGACAUAUCAGCAAACAUAGAAGAAAACUGUAUACAUGGACAUACAACUUUGGACAUUGCCUUACCUGUGAAGAAGGAGCAGUCCAAUAAAACCAGUGAUGAGGAAAUACAUACAGACAUGAUCCUACAUAACACAGCUCCUACACCCAGUUCCGUCUUAAUGGAACCCAAUGACUCUAGAGAGAGUCCUAACCCACCACCGACAAUUACUUGUGGAUCUUUAAGGUCCAACCUUUGUCCAAAAUGCGGCAAGAGCUUCAAAAGAAAAUCAGACCUCAAAGCCCAUGAGAAGGUGCACUCCUUGAAGAAGUCACACCAGUGCUCCACUUGCGGAAAGUGUUAUGUCAAUAAACAUGAGCUUUCCAUGCACACGCGGCUACACACCGGCGAGAAGGUGUUGGACUGCCCUUAUUGCAAGAAAAAGUUUGUCAGGGAGAGCGGAUUGAAGUCCCACUUGAGGAGCCACACUGGGGAGAAGCCAUUCUCUUGUUCACAAUGUGGGAAAAGCUUUUCUCGAAGAAGUACACUAAAUACUCACCUGCGUUUGCACCUAGGCACCCUGCCCCACCAGUGCGAUCAUUGCGGGAAGCUUUUCAACACUGCGGCAGCUAUGAGAGUCCACAGGGCGACCCAUACCGGAGAGAGGCCCUUUCCAUGCCCGCAAUGUGACAAGAAGUUCAUCAGUAAAGUUGAACUAGAUGUUCACCUACAUAUCCAUGCAGGGAACAGGCCGUUCAGCUGUUCAACAUGUGGGAAGAGUUUCUUUAGGAAGCAAGAACUCAACAAACAUCAGACCAUUCACCAAGACAACCGUCCCUUUCAUUGUAUACACUGCGAGAGCAGCUUCAAAAGGAUGAGCCACCUCACAUCCCACAUGAAGAUCCAUUUCUCCGACACCCCUUACAAAUGCAAACACUGUGGCAAGCCCUUCAAACAUCCCAACAGCCUCAAACUGCAUGAGCGUCUUCACACUGGAGAAAAGCCCUACAGUUGCGAAUGCUGCGGGAAAAAGUUCCCUUCUUCAGGAGAGCGCUCAAGACACAUGGCCGUACAUUCUGAGGAGAAAUCGUACAAGUGCCCGAAGUGUGACAAGAGCUUUCGCUUCAGGAGCAGUCUGAAGUCCCACCAGGUCACACACACUAAAGAAAGACCUUUCCACUGCAAGAAGUGUGGUCAGAGCUUCCGUAGGCGUGCCAAUCUCAAAAUUCAUAAGGUGGUGCACUCCGACGAAAGACGUUACAGCUGUUCUCAGUGCGGUCUGGCCUUCAAGUCCACCUCUACUCUCAGGAGCCACAUGAUAAUCCAUUCCAGCAAGUCCCCGUUAAACUGCACCACCUGUGGCAAAACCUUCACUCGCCAAGACACCUUCAAAAGGCAUCAAGACGUUCAUGCGGGGAUUAAAGUCCACAAGUGCUCGGAGUGUGGAAAAUGCCUGAGCUCAGCAAGUUGCCUGAAGCUGCACAUGCAGGGUCACUCUGGCAACAAGAAAAUGUACAACUGUGGCGAAUGCGAGAAGAGCUUCAGUUCCACGUCCUAUCUGCAAAAGCACCGGCAGAUCGCACACACCGACGAGAAGCCGUAUGUUUGCUUCGAGUGCGGGGAGAGCUUUAACACGGACGGGAAGCUAGUUACUCACCAACUACAGCAUUCAGGACAGAUGGAGCAUGUUUGCUCCCAUUGUGGGAAGAAGUUUGCACGGAAAGAGACUCUAAGACGACAUGAGAAGAUGCACUCUGAAGUGAGGCCUCACCAGUGCUCGGAGUGUGGAAAAGGUUUUACAAGGAGCGAUCAACUAAAACAGCAUCAGAGAACACAUUCAGAGACAAAUUAGAUGGAUGUAAUAUUUUCCUUUUGUGCCUGGUAAUAUGCACAGGAUUGGUUUGAUUAACAGUUUCUUUUGCUAUUGAAUCAUAUUUUGUCCAUGCAUUUUUGGACCCCACUUAAGUUUAUUUGAAUGGCACUUUGUACUAGUGGCACUAGAUGGCAGUCUGUGCUUUGAGACAGAAUUGAGGUACUAAAAAGGUUGCUGAAAACCCAAAGUUGCAAACCCUUCCAUAAAAUCAUGAAAAAGAGAGGGACUUCAAUGUUAAAGUAAAAGAUAAGAUGAAAUAUGUUAUUUUGUGCUUUUGUUUUGUUCUGUCAUUAAAGAAAAUUAUGUA